AACACGACCGUCUUUCUUCGCCGCGAGCAGCGGCGACGUGACAUGCGCCGGGCGCCAUGGCCAACCCCUGGCUCCGUCCGGCAGGCCACGGAGCUCCACGCCCUCGUCACCACUUCCGGACGCCUCCUCCACCCGCCAUCCGCGGCGCACCUCCUCAACUCCCUCACCAGCUGCAUAUCCCCCAGCGACCCGCUCCACCUCCGCUACGCGCUCAGCCUGUUCGACCGAAUGCCCUGCUCCACCUUCCUCUUCGACACCGCGCUCCGCGCUUGCUUCCGCGCCUCCUCCGGCCCCGACCGCCCCAUAAUCCUAUACCGGCGCAUGCACGGUGUGGACGUCCCACCGGACGCCUUCACGUUCCACUUCCUCUUCAAGUGCUGCGCCCGCGGCGGUGCUCACGUCCUCCUGGGCCGGAUGCUGCACGCCGCAUGCUUCCGUACAUUGCUUCCCUCCGCUGUGCCGCUCAUUGCGAGCCCUAUCAUCCAUAUGUACGCUGAGCUUGGGCUCCCUGGCGAUGCCCGCCGGGCUUUCGAUGAGGCUUCUGUGAAGGAUGUGGUUGCCUGGACGACGGUGAUCAGUGGGCUGGCCAAGAUGGGGCUGCUCGAUGACGCGCGGCGUCUUCUGGCACGGGCUCCGGUGAGGAACGUGGUCACUUGGACUGGUUUGAUUUCGGGGUACUCACGUGCUGGUCGGGCCGCUGAGGCUGUGGAUUGCUUUAACAGCAUGCUUUCUGAUGGCAUUGCACCGGAUGAGGUUACCGUGAUUGGCAUGCUCUCGGCAUGUGGGCAGCUGAAGGAUUUGAAUUUUGGAUGCUCGCUGCACAUGCUGGUUGGGGACAAGAGGAUGUUGAUGAGUGACAAACUUGUAGUUGCGCUCAUUGACAUGUACGCCAAGUGUGGUGACACUGGCCGUGCAAGGGAGGUUUUUGAUGCUUUAGGUAGGGGGCGAGGACCCCAGCCAUGGAAUGCUAUGAUUGAUGGAUACUGCAAGGUAGGCCAUGUUGACAUUGCACGCUCUCUUUUUGAUCAGAUGGAGGACCAUGACGUCAUCACAUUUAACUCGUUGAUCACUGGGUACAUCCAUGGUGGCCGGCUUAGAGAAGCGCUACUUCUUUUCACAAAGAUGAGGAGACAUGGUUUGGGUGCUGAUAAUUUUACCAUGGUGGGCCUUCUAACUGCUUCAGCGAGUUUAGGUGCAUUGCCACAGGGCAGGGCCUUGCACGCUUGCAUUGAGCAAAGGUUAGUGGAAAGAGAUGUUUACCUCGGUACUGCACUCUUGGACAUGUACAUGAAGUGUGGGAGGGUGGAAGAGGCGAUGGUUGCUUUCAAACAGAUGAGUGUGAGAGAUGUUCACACUUGGAGCGCCAUGAUUGGAGGUCUCGCGUUCAAUGGGAUGGGUAAGGCUGCUCUGGAGCACUUCUUCUGGAUGAAGUGUGAUGGCUUUCAUGCCAAUUCAGUUACAUACAUUGCUGUUCUGACUGCUUGUAGUCACUCAUGCCUGCUGGAUGAAGGCCGUCUGUACUUCGACGAGAUGAGAUUGUUGCACAAUAUACGCCCCCAAAUUGAGCACUAUGGCUGCAUGAUAGAUUUGCUGGGUCGCAGUGGACUUCUGGAUGAAGCUAUGGAUCUUGUGCAGACCAUGCCAAUGCAGCCGAAUGCUGUGAUAUGGGCCUCCAUCUUGAGUGCUUGUAGAGUCCACAAGAACGUUGACCUAGCUCAAAAUGCUGCACAUCAUCUUCUGAAGCUAGAGCCAGCUGAGGAUGCUGUCUAUGUCCAGAUGUAUAACAUUUACAUUGACUCUAGACAAUGGGAAGAUGCAUCAAAAAUAAGGAGAUUGAUGGAAAAAAGGGGCGUGAAGAAGACUGCAGGCUACAGCUCGAUUGCUGUGGCUGGGCAGGUGCAUAAGUUUAUAGUUGGUGACCGAUCACAUCCUCAAAUAGCAGAGAUUGUUGUAAUGAUGGAGGAGAUUGGACGCAGGUUAAAGUCAGCGGGAUAUUCACCUAUCACGUCGCAGAUAACAGUGGAUGUCGAUGAGGAAGAGAAAGAACAGGCACUUUUAGCACACAGUGAGAAACUGGCCAUUGCAUUUGGACUCGUUAGUCUAGCACCAAACCUGCCGGUUCAUAUCAUAAAGAAUCUCCGGGUCUGCGAGGACUGCCACUCUGCAAUCAAGUUGAUCUCAAGGCUUUGGAACCGGGAAAUCAUAGUUAGAGACCGUAGUCGGUUCCAUCACUUCAGGGGUGGAGUAUGUUCUUGCAAUGAUUUUUGGUGAUUAACGAUUUGUAAGGCGCUGGUCCUGGUGUAAAGCUUGAAGGAUGAGGAAACACUAAAAAUAAUACCAUUUCACCUUCAGAGUAGCUUUCAGGUCGCGAUUCCAAGUUGCCAAAGGAAAAGAAGGUCAGUUGUGUCACACUAAUGAAUACCAGUUGGCUCACUGGAAAUGAGCUCCUCUUCACACGGUAACAUUCAUCACACACAUAGUCCAGGUGGAGAUCGAACUGAUGGAAGUGAAUGUUAUCCAUGUUCUUCUCGUGUAAUCUGUAUGGCUGCCCUUCUUUCCUAAACUGCAGUUCUGUCACUUGUUGCCGUGUUAAUGAAGAGGCCAGCUCGGUGACUCCAAGGGUAACUAAGCCAAAGUCAAUGGUCUAGGUGGGACAUAUAGACCACUGAGCAGGCCUGACCAGUAAUUCCGGUGGUUUCUUUUUUGUGUCAUUUCAGGGUAAAAAAUGUAGACAAAUAAGGUGGCGCAUCCACGGCGACCUACAGCCGUGAUUCCAUGCUUGAUGCUGGGCGAGGCAAAAUGGAAUUCCUAUGGAUUCCUUUCUCCCAAGGUCUGGAAUUCACUUUUAUGGAGCUACAAAGCACACGAUGAAAAUGUGCUGGGAAAGAGAGCUGCAAACAUGCUGAUAGAUGUUGGGAGAAGGAAAAAAGAGUGGUACCCAGGAGGAACUAGUCAUCAAUAUUAUUAAGGUAGAGCUGAGGAUCGGGCCGAGGCUGGCUAACCCGUCGACAAAUGUUGCUAACCCGCAAACCCGGCUGACUUCUCUAGAUGUUGGGAGAAACAUCCAGCCACCAUUUUGCAGCUAUCAAACUUCUUUUUACGAUAUUGUGGACAAAGAAAAACAAAUGCUCCAAGGAUGAAAGAGAUGCCAAGUGGGCAAAGAAGCCAACAAGUGAAGGGAACUAUUGGGUGCUUCAGAUAGGGGCGCUGAAGCAAAUGAAAAAUGUCACUGCAGCUUUGAGUUGACGCACAGGCUGAAUGAGCUUGGUAGUGCAGGGAAGGGAUGGAGCAUUUCAGAUUUUGAGUCUGGUGGGGACCAUGUACGUAUCUAUCUCUAAUUCUCAGGAGGAAGAAUUAGAGAUAGAUACGUACAUGGCGGCAUAGCUGGCAGGUCCAUUGCAAAAACUGUACCGUGUCUGAAACAUAUAAUGCGCCUCUGUAUAUAUUUUAUCCGUCACCAGCAAUCUGGUUUCUGUUGAAUGUUGUGAUUGGGUCGAACCGAUAACCGCGAGCCGAAUAUAGCGUGCAUUUGCCUGAUCAAAUACUACACCAAUUUUAUUUUGC